UCUGGCCGUUACUGCUGGACCCGUGCUCAGCACUUGUGUAUCCAUCCGUUAAGACAGCGGACAGGGAGAAAAUCUCAGUCACCUUUGUCGGGUGUCCGAGCCAGAGGGAGCCCUUCAGCUACCCCGUUCACGUAUGCGGAGCAGCUCGUUUCCGUCCAGUGGCCCGCCACCUCAGGGGAACGAUGGCCACAGAGUCCACAGCCACAGCUGCCAUCGCCGCGGAGCUAGUUUCCGCCGACAAAAUUGAAGAUGCUCCUGCUCCUUCUACCUCUUCAGAUAAAGUGGAAAGUCUGGAUGUGGAUAAUGAAGCUAAGAAGCUGUUAGGGUUAGGACAGAAACAUCUGGUGAUGGGGGAUAUUCCAGCAGCUGUCAAUGCAUUCCAGGAAGCAGCUAGUCUCCUAGGUAAGAAGUAUGGAGAGACAGCUAAUGAGUGUGGAGAAGCCUUCUUUUUCUAUGGGAAAUCACUUUUGGAGUUGGCAAGAAUGGAGAACGGGGUGUUGGGAAAUGCCUUGGAAGGUGUGCAUGUGGAAGAGGAAGAAGGAGAAAAAACAGAAGAUGAAGCGCUAGUAGAAAAUAAUGAUAACAUAGAUGAGGAAGCAAGGGAAGAGUUGAGAGAACAGGUUUAUGACGCCAUGGGAGAAAAAGAAGCCGCCAAAAAAACAGAAGGCAAUUCUCUGGCAAAGCCUGAAACCCAUUUGGAACAGAAGAGUGAAAUUGAGAAGGGUGGAAGAGAAGAUAUGGAUAUAAGUGAGCCUACAGAGAAGCUACAGGAAACAGUUAAAUUGACUCCAAAUCAACCAACUGAAACCCGUGAAGAGGCAAAAGCAACAGGACCAGAAGGACUGGAAGAAGCUGAGGUCACUACCGGGAAGCCAGAACAGAAAGCACCAGACACGCAGGAAAGAAAUCCAGUUUUUGGAACUGACAUCCAAAAAGAAUGUAGAGAAAAAGGUCAGGAGGAGCAGGAAGAGGUAACUGUGAGCACAAAGGAGAAGCCCGAAGAAGAUUCUGAAGAGCAGCACACUGCGCUUGUGGAAAAGCAGGGCACUGCCUCGGAGGUAGAGGCGGAGCCUGUGGAGCCCACAGUCAAGCCAGUGGAUGUGGGUGGGGAUGAGCCUGAGGGACAGGUAGUUGCGUCUGAAAAUGAGCCAGGAAAGGCUUUGCUGGAGCAACUGGCAGGACAAGAAGUGCUUUCUUUCCAAGAGUCACCAGUGAUGACAACAGAGGCCACGGAGGCCUUAGCUCCAGAGUCUGGGUCGGAAGUCUCUGAAAAGCCAGAACAGGAACCCACAGUUCUCCCUCAGGAAGGCCUAGGCAGUGGACCAUCAGCUGUAGGAGAUCAGACUCCUGUUGAACCACAGACUUCUGCAGAAACGAAAGGUGACUCAGGUCUAGAGAAGGUCAGGGCAGAGUUAGUGCCUAGCCAGGAGGAGAUUAAGCUGCCUGUAGAAGAGUCUCAGGCAGCUGGAGAUGGGGUUGAAACCAAAGUAGUCCAGAGGGCUACUGAGAAAGCACCUGACGACAAAGUUAAGAUAGCUGCUAAUGAAGAGACCCAAGAGAGAGAAGAACAGAUGAAAGAGGGUGAAGAAACUGAAGGCUCAGAAGAGGAGGAUAAAGAAAAUGACAAGGCUGAAGAAAUGCCAAAUGAAUCCAUUCUUGAAAACAAGUCUCUUCAAGAAAGUGAAGAGGAGGACAUUGGGAACCUAGAGCUUGCCUGGGAUAUGCUGGAUUUAGCAAAGAUCAUUUUUAAAAGGCAAGAAACAAAAGCAGCACAGCUUUAUGCUGCACAGGCACACCUUAAACUUGGAGAAGUUAGUGUUGAAUCUGAGAACUACGUCCAGGCUGUGGAAGAGUUCCAGGCCUGCCUUACCCUGCAGGAGCAGUACUUGGAAGCCCACGACCGUCUCCUUGCCGAGACUCACUACCAGCUGGGCUUGGCCUAUGGAUACAACUCUCAGUAUGAUGAGGCAGUGGCACAGUUCAGCAAAUCUAUUGAAGUCAUCGAGAAGAGAAUGGCUGUGCUAAAGGAACAGAUGAAGGAGGCUGAAGGGUCACCUACUGAAUAUGAAAAAGAAAUUGAGGAAUUGAAGGAGCUGCUACCCGAAAUCAGAGAAAAGAUAGAAGAUGCAAAGGAGUCCCAGCGUAGUGGGAACGUAGCUGAAUUGGCGCUGAAAGCUACUCUGGUGGAGAGUUCUACCUCAGGUUUCAAUCCUAGUGGAGGCAGCUCUUCAGUAUCCAUGAUUGCCAGUAGAAGAACAGAUGGUGCUUCCUCAUCUAAUUGUGUGACUGAUAUUUCCCACCUUGUCAGAAAGAAGAGGAAACCAGAAGAUGAGAGUCCCCGCAAAGAUGAUGCAAAGAAAGCCAAACAAGAGCCGGAAGUCAAUGGAGGCAGCGGGGAUGCAGUCCCCAGUGGAAAUGAAGUUUCGGAAAACAUGGAGGAGGAGGCUGAGAAACAGGCUGACAGCUGCACCACAGCAGAGGGCACAGUGGAGGCGGGGACUGCUGUCGAGACCACUGCAUGUUGAGAGCAGGAACAGAGCGAGCCUUCCUCCCAGGGGAAAGUGUUUUUGUAUAUAAUGUAUUUUUUCACUUUUGGGGAUUCUUUUUGUAUAACUUCAAUAAAGAUGGUAAGCAAAGGUUGAGGCUUUGAUGGUUUUUUUCUUAAAUAUUGGCUGAACCUGUGCCUUGGGGCACUCUGGGUUUAUAAAGUGGCCAAAAUUUUCUUGUUCCCUCUGUAUUGAUAUGUCUUGCAAGUUGUAACCUCAGCUCCAGUCUAACAUGGAGGUGAUGAUUUGCACAUGUGGCCGUGGGCCCUUCAUCUUCCAUCGGUGCUAUAUUUCUGCUGUCACAUACUUGACUGAACUCAGAAGUUUGCGAACUUUCAGUGGUGCUGUCUGUCCCCAGAUGGGGGGAUAUACACAAGACUUGGUGAAGACCUUGCUGUGUGGUGCUGAAAAUGGAUGGUGGACUGACUAUGAAGCAGACCUUGGGCGCUGCUUGUCUUCUGUUCACUCUGUCUCCAUCUAUGGCCAUUAUCUUGUCCUGGAAAGAAUUGUGAAGAAAACUUGGGGCAUGAGAUUGAGGAAAAUAGUUGGUGUAAAACUGGAAAAAUGGGCUCUCUGGGAAAGAGGGUUGAGCAUGACGGACACUUUUUGAAUGGAAGAAUCUGUGGAGGAGUCCUUUUUUUUUUUUUUUCCCUGUAAAGAAAGGUUGAACUAUAUCAACACUUGGAGUUGUUACUGUCUGCAGUUUUAAAUUCUAAAAAUAUGCUAAUAAAAAUUCCUGGUCUGGAA